UGCGACGCCCAAGAUGGCCGCCCCCAGGGCAAAAUGAACCCGCUCCGGCCGCCGCCGGGGGGAAUGCGGGUUAGGGCUGGGGCCGGCGCCGGCCGGGGCACAGCCGGGGCGCUUCUCCGCGGGGGACACUCGUCCGUGCCCGCUCGGCGUGCGGGGCCCUGCUGGGGCUCGUAGCUGGAGAGCGGAGACUCCCCGGGGAGGCGGCAUGUGGGGCGCCCUGCUGCGGAGCGGGGUCCGCGGCACCGGCGGGCUGCGGUCCAUGUCGUCGGGCGGCCCGCCCUGGAGCCAGGUGGUGUCAGAGGCCGAGAAGAUCGUGGGCUACCCGACGUCCUUCAUGAGCCUGCGGUGCCUGCUGAGCGACGAGCUCAGCAACAUCGCCAUGCAGGUCCGCAAGCUGGUGGGCACCAAGCACCCGCUGCUCGACACCGCCCGGGGUUUUGUGUAUGACAGCCGAAACAAUUUACAAAUGCGAGGUUUGGUCAUAUUGCUGAUUUCCAAAGCUGCUGGACCCAGCACGGCAGAGCUCUCUUUCCAGCACAACAUGGUCAGUGGAAUUUAUUCCAGUCAAAGAAGUCUGGCUGAGAUUACGGAGCUGAUCCACACUGCUUUCCUGGUGCAUCGUGGUAUAGUAAACAUUGGUGAGCUCAAGUCCUGUGACGGCCCACUGAAGGAUAUGCAGUUUGGAAAUAAAAUGGCUGUUUUGAGUGGAGAUUUUCUCCUAGCAAAUGCUUGCACGAGCCUUGCGCAGUUGCAGAACACCAAGGUUGUGGAACUCAUUUCAAGUGCUAUUGGUGACUUAGUUCAAGGUAUAUAUUAUGAAAACUCAAAAUCAUCUGAGGAGAACUGUCUUACAGAUGAUAUUGGCAUAUCUCGGUGGAAGGAGCAGGUCUUCCUGUCACAUAGUGCCUUGCUGGCAAAGAGCUGCCAGGCUGCAAUGGAGCUAGCAAAGCACAGCACUGAGAUUCAGGACAUGGCAUUUCAGUAUGGGAAGCAUAUGUCUAUGAGUCAUAAGCUACAUUCAGACCUUCAGCCGUUUGUUAAAGAAAGUUCGAGUGACACAAUGGCCUUCAGUUUGAAUUCUGCUCCUGCAAUCCUUCAUCAGGAAUUCCUUGGAAGGGAGGCAUGGAUUAAGCAGAUUAGAGAGGCACAAGGAAAAGGAAACAUAAUGGACUACAAAAAGCUGCAGGAAGCGAUCAAGGCUGGAAAAGGUGUGACUUCUGCCAUCGACCUCUGCCGCUGCCACGGAAACAGAGCACUGGCAGCCCUGGAGCAUUUCCCUCCCUCCGAGGCCAGGGAUGCCUUGGCCAACAUCGUCUGCGCCGUGACCAGGUUUCCCUGACCUGCCGCUCUGAGGGGAGCGUCUCUCCCUCCACAGGUGGAAGCAACCUGGCGGGGAGACUGAGGAUGCCUCACACCUCUGGUUGUCUCAUCAUCCCAUCCCAACAGAGGAAUGCAUGCCAGCUGCUGCCGCCACCAUCACCACCAGCAAAAUUCGGGAGUGGAAAGAAAAAAGGUCACAAAAGGCUUUUGCUUGUCGUGCCAGAAGCGCACUUGAGGCUGCACCAGUAGAAAUAAUUAAUGAGUCCCGUUUUCGUGACCUCAGCAAAUGGACAGGAAAUAAGUUGGUAUUGAUUGGGUACCGGUGGGGACGGCGCCAGGGUGGAGGCCGGUGGUUUUCCUGCCAGAGGGGAGGGAUGGAAGGAGGGAGGGAUGGAAGGGCGUGAAGAUCCAGGUGUCACAAGAAACUCGUUUAAACCUGCCCAGAGAGAGUGAGCUGCUGAAGCUGGGAAUUAACAUACCCGCUUAUCCAAGGAGAAGGGCAGAUUGGAGGAUUAAUGGGGGAAAAUCCUCUCUGUCUGUGUGCAGUCAUGUCUCCUCACACUGUUUUUAUGUAUUAAAACAUAAAAUUACCCUGUGCCUAAUGAUUUUUGUAUUUGAGAAACUUGCUGAGAAAAUGUAUCAAGCAUGGUAAGUAGGAGCUUUAAAAUAUUUAAUCAAAUAUUAAUUUGACUCUGUUAAGGGAACUGAUUGCCUGGGGUUUAUACUGUGCCUGUGUAAUAUGUUGCUCUGGGUCAAAGAAUGAGGUUUUUCCAACUCUUCUGAGGGAGGGAAUAUCCCUCUUUCAGAUCCAGAUUUUUUUUUUCUACAGUCUUACACAAAAGAAUUUCCUAUAUUUUUGACACUCGUGUUAAUUUAAGCCAAAUAAAUGUUAAUUUGUAAGGCUAGACAUCAUCCUUUGGCAUAAAGAAAGCAGGAAUGCUUCUCUGUGAAUAGUCACCGCACUGAAUAAAAUGCAGAAAAUAUUGGAGAAGUUUUGAACCUCAGUGUGUUGAAUUUUCAAGUCCAAUUACAGACAGCAUAUAAGGUGUAUCAGAAGCCUGCACUUUGAGACCGUCUCUGUUUUGUACAUAGGAGAUGAUUUUUGUGGUUUGCACACGUGCAAUCUGAGAAUGCCGUUGACAAGAAGGCUGAGUUUACAUAAAUGAUCUAGAUUGAGACUCAGCUACCUUUCUUCCUUCUGUGGUGUAAUUACAGCCCAAUCUGGAGACAGCUAGCACAGCAAACAGAUUUCAUUACAUCCCUCACUCAAACACUAAGUGGAGUUAUUUCUGUUAAAAUCUCUCCUCCCUCCUUUUCUCCCUGCACUCACUCCCCCUGUCACACAGUUUGUUUGUCAUAGACUGGAGUGUUGCACUCCACCCAAUGCAAAAUGUAAAUGAAAACUCUAUCCUCUAAAAGUAUACUGAAAAUACAUCCCGCAUGAUGUACUCUGUGUACAUUCUGCCCACAUUAUACCAUAAUAUUUUAUGCAUAAUAAGCAACCUUGAGUCACAACCUCUGUUUGGGAACAACAUCCAGAAAUCAGGACUUGCUUUGUUCUGGAGAAUGGCUUCAACACCUGACCCCUUCUUGCUUACACUUCCUCUUUUACCUGCCCUCUCUUACCUUCAUUUUCUCUCAUCCCAAGACUCUGGCACUUCUCCGUGAGUUGGUGCUGUUGCCACAGCAGGAAGACUGGAGGCAGAAGAGAAGCACUGAGAAGCGUGGAUUAUCCCAGGCAGUUACCUGUGAAGUUCCUUGAAGUUCUGCUAACAUAAAACAUGCUUUAAAUAAAUACCUGAAUUCAGAGUCAUAUUUCAGUUUUCUUUGUCUCUGGUUUUUACAUAUUACGUAUAGUAAGAGCCAUACAUCAUCUUGUCUUUGUCUUACAUCUGUGUUAAUUGGUUCAUAAUGAUUUAGGGCUGCAAGAAACGUGGAUAUGCUGGAGAUAUUCUGAGUCACCUCAAUUCAGUUUUGUGAAAGAAACAUCAAACAUACUGCAAACCCAUGUACACCUGGUUUAUUUUUUCAUGAAAGUACAAGUUUUUAUUUAUAGUUGUUACCAAUAAAGGAGAAUAAUAAAAAAUUAA